AUGGAGGGCAUGCAAGCCACCGCACAACCCGGUGUUCAUCAGGUUCCCAUGUCACAGCCAGUCUACACACCUCAACCGACGAUGCCUAUACCCGGCGGCAUGCAUCAACACACCCAUUAUGGCCCAACUCAUGGACAGAGUAACCCGUCUACUGUGCCAGUUUUCGUUAGUUCCGUUCAGCACCAGCCUAACGUAACACCGGGGCCUUAUGGAUGUGGUGCCCCUCCACUUGGCCAGAUUCCAAGCAAUAUGAACGCCAGGCCAGUCGCACCUAACGUUAUUAUGACGCGUCCCUCCGGCCCCCCUGGCGAUCCAGGCACAGCUUCACUUCCAUACGGCCAUCUACACCAAGCUGCACCUGUACAGGCACCAGAAACGGGUAACCUGGUCACUUCACAGACACCCUUUUUAAAAGAUCAAUUAGUUCAACUACGAGCUCAGAUUAGUGCGUAUAAACUGCUUUCCAAGUCUCAACCCGUUCCUGAUACAAUAUUGAUGGCUGCUGAAGGUAGGCAGUUCAUUGGACACACUAAUUUGAAUGGAUCUGUUCAACCAGGAAGUGGCACCCAACCGAACACUUGGAAUGCAGCUUCACAGGUGACACCGACUGAUGUAGACGGUAGCACAAUACAAGACUUGCUAGAAACUGAAGAGGAUCUGAAACGCAAACGCCGUUCAGAAGAAGAUGACGACGAUGACGACAGUACAAUGGUUCAUGUGGGCACCGAAGAUGAUGAGUACAACAAGCGUGGAGAAUCGGGGGCUAAUGUGCCUCAAUCUUACUAUACUCUGGCACACGCGGUUAGGGAGGAGGUCAAGGAGCAAGCUUCGAUUUUAGUGCAUGGCCGUCUGAAAGAAUAUCAGCUGCGUGGCUUGGAAUGGCUGGUCUCAUUGUACAAUAACAACCUGAACGGGAUUUUGGCCGAUGAAAUGGGUCUGGGAAAGACUAUUCAAACCAUCGCAUUGAUCACACAUCUCAUGGAGAAGAAACGUGUCAACGGACCCUUCUUAAUUAUUGUACCCCUAUCCGUCAUGUCAAACUGGGCGAUGGAAUUUGACCGAUGGGCUCCGAGCGUGAAAAAAAUUCUGUACAAAGGCUCUCCCCAAGCUCGUCGACUAUUGCAAGUCCAACUCAAAGCCUCAAAGAUUAACGUGCUGCUGACAACCUAUGAAUAUAUUAUCAAAGAUAAAGCCGCCUUGUCUAAGAUUAAGUGGAAGUACAUGAUUAUUGACGAAGGACAUCGCAUGAAGAAUCAUCAUUGUAAACUGACCCAAGUGCUGAACACCUAUUACACGGCACCGUAUCGGUUACUACUAACCGGAACACCGCUCCAGAAUAAGCUACCGGAAUUGUGGGCUCUGUUGAAUUUCCUACUGCCAACCAUAUUCGAGAGCGUCAAUACCUUUGAACAGUGGUUCAAUGCACCGUUUGCAGCGACGGGUGAAAAGGUGGAGUUGAAUCAAGAAGAAACUUUACUGAUCAUUCGUCGUCUACAUAAAGUGCUCCGGCCGUUCUUGCUCCGACGCUUGAAACGUGAGGUGGAAUCGCAGCUGCCUGAGAAGGUUGAAUACGUGAUCAAGUGCGACAUGUCUGCACUUCAACGAGUUCUGUACUCGCAUAUGCAGUCCAAAGGCGUCAUCCUGACCGAUGGAUCGGAGAAGGAUAAGAAGGCAAGUGGGAAAGGUGGCUGCCGGACGCUAAUGAACACAAUCAUGCAAUUACGAAAAAUAUGCAAUCAUCCCUUCAUGUUCACGCACAUUGAGCUCGCGAUCGCCGAACAAAGCUUCAUCAGUAACCACGGGGGUAAUCCUCCACCGGGAAUGCCCUUGCCUACUCAGGUUGAAGGGAAGAUGUUGUAUCGAUCUUCUGGCAAGUUUGAGCUGUUGGAUCGUAUCCUACCUAAACUCAAAGCCUGUGGACAUCGAGUGCUAAUCUUUUGUCAGAUGACAAGUCUGAUGACUAUUAUGCAGGACUACUUUGACUACCGGAAUUUCCGCUAUCUUCGACUGGAUGGCACCACUCGUGCUGAGGACCGUGGUGAACUACUCGUCAAAUUUAACGACACCACAGAAGAUAUAUUCAUCUUCCUUCUUUCGACACGUGCUGGAGGUUUAGGUCUUAAUCUGCAGGCAGCCGAUACGGUCAUCAUCUUCGACUCUGACUGGAACCCCCACCAAGAUCUCCAAGCUCAAGAUCGCGCACAUCGCAUUGGCCAGCAGAAUGAAGUUCGUGUCCUUCGCUUGAUCUCAAUCAAUUCUGUGGAAGAGAAAAUACUUGCCGCCGCCCGCUUCAAGUUAGAUGUUGAUCAGAAGGUAAUUCAAGCCGGCAUGUUCGACCAGAAGUCAACUGGCACCGAAAGAAGACAGUUUUUGCAGGCACUACUCGAGCAAGAUGAGGAAGCUGAUGAGGAGGAAGACGAGGCACCAGAUGAUGAGACUAUCAAUCAGAUGUUAGCUCGCACCGAAGAAGAAUUCGAAAUUUAUCAACGUAUGGAUGUGGAAAGGCAGUUUGCUGAGAGUCAGCAGACUAAGAGAGAGCCUCGCCUGAUGGAGUAUGCGGAAUUGCCCAACUGGAUUAUUCGGGAUGAAGCAGAGCUGGAAAGGAGUCUAUUAAUGGAAGAUGGUGUGUUUGGACUGAAGCGUCAGCGCAAAGAAGUGGACUACUCCGACGCACUAACAGAACGACAGUUCCUCAAGGCGAUUGACGAGGGAAGUCUGGAAGAGGCUGAGGAGCGUCAACGACAGCGUCGGGCUGCACGAAAGAAACGGAAGAGGAUAGACGAUUCUAGCUUUUUGGACGACGCUAGCUCUGAGGCCGGCAGCACGAUCAUGGCAGCUCCGUCGACUCCGAAACGACGUCGCGGAAGGCCACCACAUAGUUCUGGACCGAGAACCGGCACCUCAAGAAAUUCCUCUGCCGUCUCUCCGAAACUAAUCAAAAAGCUUCGUCGCCUUUUGGAUAUAAUUAUCGAGUAUAAAGAUAAGGACCAACGUAUUUUGAGCGAACCUUUUAUGAAACUGCCCACACGAAAAGAACUACCUGACUACUACGAGGUCAUUAAAAAACCAAUGGAUUUCCACCGCAUAAAACAGCGUGUCCGCGAUGGGAAGUACCGCUCAGUUGAUGAGCUGGAGGCCGAUGUGAUGCUUUUGUGCAAGAACGCACAAACGUACAAUAUGGAUGGAAGCCUGAUUUUUGAAGAUUCAGUUGUGCUUCAGUCCGUUUGGACGAACGCUCGUGAACGGCUGGAGGAAUUAGAAUCACGCCAACAGAGUGAAGUGCAACUUCAUUCGCGCUCGCAUCAACAGAGCUAUCCAUCCUCGCAUCACCACCGACAUUCAGUGAUGGAAGAUGAAGACGAGGACGAGGAUGACCAGGAUGACGAAGAAGACGAACAAAGUGAUAACUCCAAACUUUUGUCACAUAGUGGCGGGCCCGGUGCGACACGAUUCGUGUUACGUACAGGCAAUUCUGGCAAUCCUGCGGUAUCAUUCAACACCGCAGAUGUUUCCAUCAAUGAGGAUAGCCUUGGUGGGCUUGACGACUUAGAUGACGAAGACGAUACAAUGGAUGGUCCAAUUGAGGACGAUGACAGUGCCAGUCGCAGUUCGUUCAGUAGCAAGCCCCGCCGUGCCCCACGUAAAAUUCAAUACAACCGUGGUAGUACUGUUUCUACCCCGGGUAUCUCUAGACAUGUUGUCUCCUCCGCUGGAGGGCGUUCCGGUACCAUGGGUGAGUCUUCCAAUUCCACUGGCACUGUUGAGUCGCUUCGGAUUAAUGCUUCUGGAAUUGAAAGCCUGUUGCCUCCACGGAAGGCACGAUCGCACAAACGCGUCAUGGUCGACGACAGUGACGACGACGAUGAUGAGUCGGAUAACGAUGGUUUGGAUGACGAUCCCGAUGAUGAAGACUUCUAAUCAAAUUUUUUCUUUGGUUUCCUUUGCAUGCUAAAUCCAUGUUUUCCCUCAUUGAUCGAGUGUCAUUUUCACACAUGUGAGCCACUCAAUCGUCCCAACCCCUGUUGACGUUGUACCUCGCACUCGUAUUCGCUUUUGUCCAUUUUCCCUUAUUCUUAUCUCCGUUGUGUUCAGGUGUUUCCUCCCUGUUGGCCUCUGACUCGCUGACUAGGUGUGUGUCACGGUUUGCCAAUCAGUCAAACUAUCCCGUCUGUUUAUAUCGCCCAACAGUC